UCCUGGUUACGGCUCCUCUGGCUCAGUCACACAGCAGCCUGGUAGGUGCCUGGAGGUGUUCGCUGAUGUGGCCCCAACCCUACGGCCCUCCCCACCCCAUGAUGUUAGAAGAAACUCGACAGAACAAAUUGGCAGCAGCCAAGAAAAAGCUAAAAGAAUAUCAGCAGAGGAGCAGCCCUGGUGUUGCAAGAGGAGCGAAGAUAAAAAAGAAAAAAACUGGCAGUAGCCCUGAGACAACCACUUCUGGUGGUUGCCAUUCACCUGGGGAUAGCCAGUACCAAGGACUAGCAGUAGCCCUGGAGUCAAGCUCCAUGACUAUCCAUCAACUCAAUGAAAACAUAGAAUCAUUGAAAGAGCAGAAGAAAGAAGUGGAACAUCAGCUGGAAGAAGCAAAGAAAGCAAACAAUGAAAUACACAAAGCACAAACGGAGCAGUUAGAGACAAUCAACAUCCUCACAUUGGAAAAGGCAGACUUGAAGACCACCCUAUACCAUACUAAAUCUGCUGCCCAACACUUUGAAGAAGAGUCCAAGGAUCUGGCUGGCCACCUGCAAUACUCCUUACAGCGUAUUCAAGAAUUGGAGCGGGCUCUCUGUGCUGUGUCUACACAGCAGCAGGAAGAGGACAGGUCCUCGAGCUGCAGUGAAGCGGUCCUCAAGCGGCGGUUACAGCAGACCAUAAAGGAGCGGGCGCUGCUGAACACACAUGUGACACAGGUGACAGAGUCAUUAAAACAAGUCCAGCUACAGAAAGACGAAUACGCUGAACACAUAAAAGGAGAGAGGGCCCGGUGGCAAGAGAGGAUGCGGAAAAUGUCGGUGGAGGCUCGCACAUUGAAGGAAGAGAAGAAGAGUGACAUACGUCGGAUACAGGAGCUGGAGAGGAGCUUGUCUGAACUCCAAAACCAGAUGGCUGAGCCCCCAUCCCUGGCGCCCCCAGCAGUGACCUCUUUGGUGGAACAGCUACAAGAUGAGGCCAAACACCUGAGGCAGGAAGUGGAGGGUCUGGAGGGAAAGCUCCAAUCCCAGGUGGAAAACAAUCAGACCUUGAGUCUCUUGAGCAAGGAACAAAAGCAGAGACUCCAGGAGCAGGAGGAGAUGCUCCGAGAGCAGAAGGAGUGGAGGGUGUGGGAGCAGAAGAGACUGUGUGAACAAAGUGAGACGCUUCAGGAGCAGCAGAAGACGCUAGGGGAGCAGGGUGAGAGGCUGCGAAAGCAGGAGCAGAGGCUACGCAAGCAGGAGGAGAGGCUGCGAAAGGAGGAGGAGAGGCUGCGAAAGCAGGAAAAGAGGCUGUGGGACCAGGAGGAGAGACUGUGGAAGAAGGAGGAGAGGCUACAAAAGCAGGAGGAGAGGCUACAAAAGCAGGAGGAGAGGCUGCGAAAGCAGGAGAGGCUCAUGCUCUUCCAGAACCACAAGCUCGACAAGCAGCUGGCUGAGCCACAGUGCAGCUUCAAGGAUCUGAACAAUGAGAACAAGAGUGCACUGCAAUUGCAGCAGCACGUAAAGGAGCUGCAGGAGAAGCUAGACAAUGUGAAGAAGAUGGUAACCUCCACCCCAUCCAAGAAGGGCUGGGAGGAGCACCUAGAAGCUGCCAGCCAGCAGAACCAACAGCUGGAGACCCAGUUGAGCCUCAUGGCUCUCCCUGGAGAAGGAGAUGGAGCACGACAUCUGGACAAUGAGGAGGAGGAGGCGCCUCAGCCCAUGCCAAACAUCCCAGAAGACCUGGAGAGCCGGGAGGCCACGAGUGGCUUUAUGGACCUCCGGAAGGAGAAGGCAGACAGGAAGGAGCAGGUGGAAAAACUAGAGAUUGGAUUCAUCCAGCUCUCUGGAGCGACAGAUGGCACGAGAGAGUACAUCACCGUAUAUGACAGCCAGGGGCCAGUGCCAAACACACGGCACCAAGAGAUGGAGGAUGUCAUCAGUCUGGCCCAGAACGAGGAGGAAACAAAGGAAAAUCUACUGGAGAUGCAGGAGCUGAUGUGGCCACUUGGGGACGACUACAACGAGGGGCAUGACAAAUUCCUCACCACUGCCCAGAACCCUCCUGAUGAGCCCACUCCAGGGGCCCCAGGCCCCAAGGAACUUGGGGCUGCUGGUGAGCAUGAUGAUUUUUAUGAGGUGAACCUGGAUGACAGCGUGGAGCCUGCACCAGCAGUGACCAGGGAGGGUUCUCCCCAUGACAACCCCACUGCAGAGCAGAUUGUGCAGCUGCCUCCUGUAAGGCAGGACACCCAGGAGCACCCAGGCUUGGCCAGCAAACCCUGCGUGCCAUUCUUUUACCGGGCAGCCGAGAACAGGGAGAUAAACAUCAUCAUCAUCUAAGAGCUGGUCAAGAAAUUUAAAAGAACAACAACACAAAGUUAUGGGGUUGGUCUCCUACACAGUUCCUUUACUCCAUUUGAAUGUUAGAGCCACUCACAUUGAUUUGUGUUUCUAAUUUACAGUUUAAAUUUAUUUGUAAAAAGUUAAGGGAGAGUGGAUCUUUCCCUGAUGUUCACUCUGGCAUCCUUUAGCAUUUUUGUUUUUUAAUUUGAUAAUUGUAGGUCAUUAGCAUGCAUAUCAAGUUUGCCCUUAGGUGGUGGGAGUUCAAACACACAAAGACCCACUAUCUGCACAAAACUAUUCUUGCUUGUUUGGAAUCGGCUGCCAUGCUUUUUUAAUGUUAUUGCAGCAUGUAUAUUCAUUACAGAAUUCAGAUAAAAUGUGCUUAUGUUCUGCUAUUAUGUUUGAUCGAAUCCUAAUCACAGUGAGCUCUUCAUUAGCUCAAUAUGUGGUUUGCCCUCAAGUGCGCACUGUUUAUUACUUUGUAAUGUGCCACUGUGAGUACUGACAUUUAGAGUUGUUUAAAGGCCAAGAACUGAAAACAGCCUUUCCCCUAUUUUUGUGUAUUGGAAAUGGGAGUAAUAACAUUUUGGGGAGCUUUUUAAAUCUCACAGAAGAGGAAAGUGGCCUGCUCUGGCAGGUGUGUGCAGGAUAGAGUGUUUCAUUUGUUCUGGUGCCAAGAAUGAGUGCUGUACUAUGGUGGUUCCCUUAGGAUUUGUAUGUGCUCUGGGGUCAUGAAGAUAUUGCAUCAUGAGCUGCAGCAGUUGUACCCUUUCUUGAUGACCUAAAAAGGGAUUAUUUCUGAGGAAUGAAAGGCUCCCAUCAUUGACUGUGGAUGUGGAAAACAUUUUCUAGCUUAGAGCAUUUAUAUCUAUAAUAGAUUUUAAAGUCAGAGUUCAUGUUACCUGUUUUAAUCACAUGAGUAUAUGUCCCAGUACACAAAAGGGCACUGGUUGGCAUUCUUCUUAAUGUAUUUAGUAAAUAUCAUAAGAAAUCCUUUAAGAGUUUAAAUGUCCCUGGAAGAGGCAUACAGGCUCUAGUCAAGAAUGAACUCGAGUGAAGGAAAGCUGUGUGACACUUGGCCUUCCUCUAUGUUCAUGGAGCUUCUUUGAGGCUAGAAGAUGGAUUUUUACCAUCUAGACCUCUCUGGCUAAUACCUAUUCUUCAGCCAGAUUGGUUACUCUGACAUAGGAAUUUACUUCUUUUCUUCAAAUGGAAAACACUUUAAAAAUAAUAACAACCAUUAUUAUAAACCAAUAUAUGUGACAGUACUUAGUUGAAACAAAAAGGAGUUUUAGUAGACAGUAUUAUACUACAUAUGAAAAUCAAGGUGAAGUUUAUGCAACUUAAAAUGUUUACA